AUGGCUGGUCGCGUUGUCUCCGCCACUGCCUUCGCCCUCUCCGCUGGCAGCUGCCUCGCUUUCGUUGCACCAAAGGCACAGGAGACCACCUCCGCUCUCCGCGCCAGCCCGGCGGCGGCAACAUCGGCCCCAGCAGCGGCCAGCGUGGGUGCAGCAGGUGCCGUAGCUGCCCUUGCAGCAGGCGCCGUCGGCGCUUCUCUCCGACAGGGCAGAGGUCAGGCAACUGCCCGCCGGGUGGUUGGCGUUUGCCUGCCCUUGACCGACAAGUUCGAUCCUCUGAACCUGGGCAACACGGAUGCCAAGAUGGAUCGGUACACCGCUGUUGAGAUCAAGCACGGCAGGGUUGCAAUGAUCGCCACUGUCGGCUACAUCAUGCCCGAGAUCUUCCGCUUUCCUGGCUGCGAGGAAUUCAAGCACGGACUUGGUGCGCUGGAGAGCAUCCCCGUUGAGGGCUGGGUGCAGCUCUUCGCGCUGGUUGGUGCCCAUGAAGUGCUCGUGAAGCCGCGCGAGGGUGGCAUGGGUCUCUACGACUUCGGCCUUGGCACUGAGCUCCUGGACGGAAUCGAUGAGGAGGAGCUCGAGCGAAAGCAGACCUCCGAGCGCAACAACGGAAGGUUGGCCAUGAUUGCCAUCCUCGGAUUGAUGUGGCAGGACGGCACCUUUGGUGAGCCGCCGCUGACCUACAUGAACAAGAACGGCUUCUGGGGCGAGCCCGUGCAGUUCAUCGUGCAGCACAUCGCCAACUGCCAGUCUUUCGCGGGAUCCUACGUCAACAACGGCGGCCUCUGCGCGCAGCGCCCCCGAGGCGGGCGAACGGUGAUGCGGGCCAUGCAGAAGCUCGCAGAGGGCGACUACGUGGAGCUGGAGACCUAUCCCAAGGAGAUGGAGAUGUCUCCGUCUGUGCCGUUCCUGCGAUACCCCCAGGUCCUGAAGGGCUGGGUUGGCGAGGAGAAGGGCUUCGACCCGCUGGGUGUCACUGAUGCUCUGCCGGUCUACUGGGUCCGUGAGGCGGAGCUGAAGCACGGCAGAAUCGCCAUGCUGGCCACUGUAGGCUGGAUUGCCACUGACCUUGGCUUCCGCUUCCCGGGCGAGAAGUUCCAGGCCGUGGCGAACUCCGUUGAGGCUCACGACAAGAUGGUUGAAGCCGGCUACAUGCUCCCCUUCUUCGGGGCCAUCGGUAUCUUUGAGCUCUUCGCCUUGUGGCUCUUCUUCCAGUCGUGGCCUAUUGGCGAGGGCAUCAACAGGGAGGCGGGCGACUAUUGGCUCGGCAAGCAGUUCCUGCCCAAGGAGCCCGAGAAGGCCAAGGACAUGAAGCUGAAGGAGCUUGAGAACGGUCGUUUGGCCAUGUUCGCUUUCAGCGGCAUCGCCACGCAGGCCGUCAUCACCGGGAAGCCUUGGCCUUUCUUCUAA